AUGGCAUCAACAAAGAAGAUCAACCUCAAGAGUCGUGAUGGUGAUGUUUUUGAAAUCGAUGAAGCGGUGGCGUUGGAAUCACAAACCAUCAAGCAUAUGAUUGAGGAUAAUUGCGCUGAUGAAACCGGAAUCCCUCUUCCAAAUGUAACCAGCCAGAUUUUGGCAAAGGUUAUUGAGUACUGCAAGAAGCAUGUUGCGGCUGCGAAUUCUGAAGAAGAGUCUGUUGAUGAGAAGGCUCUCAAAACAUGGGAUGCCGAAUUCGUCAAGGUGGAUCAAGUCACACUGUUUGAACUCAUAUUGGCUGCAAACUAUUUGGACAUCAAGAGUCUGUUAGAUCUUACAAGCCAGACUAUUGCGGAGUCGAUGGUUGGUAAGACAGUCGAGGAAGUUCGCAAGAUGUUCAACGUUGAGAAUGAUUUCACAAAAGAAGAAGAGGAGGAACUUCGCCGCGAAAAUCAUUGGGCUUUUGAAUGA